AUGCUCUUUCCCCGCGUUCCUGGAUGGUAUGCACAACCGAAAUACGGCGGCGGCGCCGGAGCUAGCUCUUCCUCAUCUACCCCAGUUUGGGGGCAAUCUGCAAGCUACCGGCCAACAGGAACGCCUGCAGCCUCAAAUCCCUGGAACUCGGCCCAGAGCCCCCAAGCCACCGGAGGAUGGGCGAGUCCCACCCAGUCGACAGGAUGGUCCUCUGAAACGUCUCAAUACGGGAGUUACCCCGCCACCUCAACAGCGACGGCGACUUUUUCACAGGCGCCAGCAGCUUCUCCUACUACUGUGCCAUCACCAACUACAGAUUUACCAGCCUCUUCAGCACCGACUAGCGUUCCAGACCAGACAAUCACAACAAAUACCGAAGGAGAGAAUUUUCCCCUUCCCAUUUCAUCCAUCACUGAAUCAGGUCAGCCAAUCUCGAGUGCACCCUCAUCAAGUGCUUCGGCUGCUCAAGAGUUUCCGGAGGAGAAGAGUGGAAAUACCGGUGCUAUACUAUGCGGCGUUUUUUUCGUAGUUUUCCUCAUUCUUUCGUCGGCUCUUAUCGCCCUGUGCAUAUUGCGGAAAAGACGGUCUCAGGGUGUCAACUACCGGAAAAGUAAAAAGCUUUCCAAAGUGCGCUCUGAGGGCAAUAGGGUUUUCGCUUAUGAGGCGUCGGAUUGCAGUCUUCCAACCAGAAACAUAAUGAUAACCGCACCGUUUAUAGGGGGUGAAUAUCCCGGAUCAGCUAAGGAGUUUAUAAUUGCCGGCUCAGGGUUUAACGAACGCAGCAUAACCGCUCAAACCAGUUCGGCCGGGAUUACCCACAACAAAUCAGUCGGCAAAUCAAGUGCUAGAUCUGGUGCUUCGACUACCAAUUCAAUACUCGAUCCCUUUAUGCGCUACAAGUAUCCACGACAGCAGUCGCCUGUUCCAGACCUUCCACGAUGCCCGCCCGCCGCAUAUUCUCGAUCAUCUGAAAAAGAAGAGAACAACUUCAACUCCCUAAAUUCUACCACAUCUUUGCUAUGUAAAAUAUCUCCCGUUAGCGAUGAAGCACCCUGUUGGUCAAGCGAGGACGCUAGGUUGCGUGAAAAGUUAGAGCCACGAACUUCUGGUGUAACAGGUCCAUCGGGCUACUACUCUCCCCCAAAACGAUCCUUCGAUAUGAUGGUACCUGAAAUGCCUUCCUACAGCCGGACGUCUACUUUUAGGUCUGAGAAGAAGAGCGGUUCUUUUGGAGGAACUGAGGGGAGAAAUUCAGGGUUGACAUCCUUCUUAGACAACUAUUCAUACGACCGGAGUGAACUUCCUCAUUAUCCAUCAGGUGGACUGCCCCAAAGAAUUCAAAACUCGCCGUUGGAAUCUAGCGGCAGUAGUAGUGGCACAGGCAUGACCGUUGUAGUAUCUGAUCAUGAUGGUACUUCUCAGAUGCUGAAUUCGUCCUCACCAGGAAACGAUUUGUGCGUAUUGGGGUUGGAUUUCCCUGGCGGUAUACCAGAUCAACAACCUUUGCUAGGACCAAACCGCGCGUCAAGUACGAAAUUAGGCUAUCUACAAUGA